CACCCACUCACUCUCUUGCUCUCAGAUAGCACGUACAGAUACACAAACAUCACACAUGAGCACAUUUGCAUUGCAAUUGAGCACCACUCGGAGAAGUAAACAGUGGGAAGAGAGGGAAAGCUGUAGCACAACAGGGAGCUGACCGGAUGACAUUCAUCGCUCAGGACGACGGGACUCCACGUGCGAGCACUCUGGAGAGGCAUCAGCUGGGACGGUCCUGAAGGCUCCUGAAGUCAGGGAUGAGCGGCAGCUCCCGGGACUCAGUGGAAGACCCGACAACAACCUGCUGUCGCUCCUCCUCUCCUCGGAUCCAGCUCAAAUCAUCGCUCUCGGUUGAUCACAUCCAUCACUCCCUGCACCACAGAGGAGCAGACAAAUAGAAGUUUGGGAGGGAUCCAAAACUGAAGAGGUGAUUAAGAGCAGCGAUGGCGCUGGUGUCUUGGUGUCUCAGGGCACUUCUGGUGGUGUUUUGGAUCAGACCACAGGUGCACUCUGCCCUGGCACCAGAGAACGAGGUUCCCUUACGACCCACGACGUGGUUACCAGAAGGAAAGACGACCACUGUCACUCUCCCCAAAGGACGAACACGCAGGCUUUACUUCACGCUGAAAAAGAAGGCGGCAGCCAUGUCGGUGACAGUCAGCCCAUGUGACGUCCAGAUAGAGUGGAGUCUGAGCGCCCGAACCCUGAAGGACAAACCCGUGGAGGUGAAACCCCUGAAGAGCAUGCAGUGGAGCAGCAGGAAGAGUCUUCCAGAGGUCUGGUGGAGGAGUCCUGGUACGGAGGAGAAGAUGCACAGUUUCAUUGGAACUCGAGUGGACACAUACACCGGCUCCUCACUCCCACCUGCAUCCAUCUACAUCCUGAGGCUGAGGUCCAAACAGCAAAGCAGCAGAGCAACAGUGUAUCUCCAUGAAGGUUGGGGGUCUCCAGGGGUCUUCCCUCUGAUCCCUGCUGACCCUCGGGUCUACACAUUAGGGGUUGGAAUGACUAGUGUCACCCUCAGUUGGGCCCCAAGCGCAUCCAUCACCAGCCUUCCAGAGUCCCAAAAAAGUUACGAGUAUUGUGUUCUUGUUAAUUCUGAGAAGAACUACCACAGUCUUUGCUCAGCUCAAGAGAGCAUGCUCAAGGAUCAGAGGCAGGAGAAGAGGGAGAGGAAGAGGAGGGUGACAGCAUGGCCAAUGUUGAAAGAAUGGUGGUGGGAGCAGUGGGACACAGAAGCAGAAGCCAUCUCUGCCGAGCCUCAGUGCGCCUGCCAGGGGACGGAGAGCGACUGCACGGUCUCUGACCUCCUUCCAGAUAGCAAGUAUUACUUUGAUGUUUUUGUGAUUGACCGAAUGAAUGGAACCAGCAUGGCGUACAAGGGGACAGCAGCUCAGACUCAUGAAGAAGCUCAGUCUGCGGUCACUUUGUUGAGAGAAGGGGAGCUGCGAUGGGUCACGUUCCCCAACAGAGGUUCUAAGUCCGACCAGUUCUUCAGCUUCAAUCCUCGGGGCUCACAGCAGAGCGGUCUACUCACAUUGCAAAGCUGCAGUAGAGGUGAAAAGAUCAGGGUCAAAGUGUCAAGUCAAGGGCGGGUUUUAACCUCACAGGCAGUCGGGGGAGACUUAGAGCAGAUUUGGCUUCAGGGAAGUUCCUCAUAUCUCAUCCACCUGGGGAGAGAAGGUCCUGCUGCACAAGAUGCUUCACCAGAUACGGCAACGUCAGUCAAAAUUCAAACCUCUUCCGCAUACCACCGUCGAGGGGUCCCUUCCAUGCCAUCCACAUUGCAGAUCAAAUCCUUCAGCCGGUUGCGGGGGUGCAGCAGCGUCACCCUAGCAUGGAUGGGCACGGAGGAAAGAAGCCUGUAUUGUGUUUACCGACGAAAGUUGGGAACUGAAGAAGCUGAGUCAUCUCUAAACAUGCCCUGUUUGGGUCCAGAGUCCCGCUCCGAUACCGAGAGAGUUCUCUGCAAGUAUUUCCAGGAGCUGAAUCCUCGGAGGGCCGUCACCACAGCUGUGAUUGGGGGCCUGGAGCCAGGGGUGGCCUAUGUGUUUGAUGUCUACCUAAUGAGACGCUGGGGGAUCCCCAUCAAGUAUGCAAGCAAAGUAGUGCGGACCAGGAAGGAGUGCUGAGCUACUGCCACCUGCAGGGGAAAAGCAUUCAUGGACAAACAGCCGUGAGUGACUGUGGACGAAGCCAUCGUGGAGAGACUGUUGCCAUCUCAAAGUAUCCACUUUUCAAAACUCACAAGGGAGAGGACGAAUUUGCACACCAGCAACGAGCAAUGACAUUGACUGCAAACUCCUUGUUUUAGUUUUCCAUCAUUGAUCAUGAUGUGCCAGUUGUCAAAGUGCUUUUUUCAUGUCCAAGUACAAAGGACGGUGAGUUUGGCCGCGACAGACUUCAGUGCAUAAACAACAACAGAGACGGUGCCAAAUAUGCAGCAGAAACAGAUGGGACAAUAAUUGCAGAACAUCUGAAACAGGGGUGCGCAGGGGUCCUGUAAAUCUCCGGUGCCGCACAUUGUAAAGGCUUCUAAACACAGAUGGGUGCAAUCUACAGAUGCUUUGUUCAAAGUCAGUGUGUAUCUUUGUGUUCUGCUUUCGCAUGAAGCAGUGAGAUAUCCGUAGUGACUUGCCUCAUUGUCUUUGAUGUAUUCCCGUGCUCAAAAGCACCAAUAAAU